UCUGCUGGAUAUGUUGGACGUUGAGGCAGAGGUACUUGAUGACGAAUCUGGAUGGAUUUACCUGCAGAUGCCCUACACGUGUGGAUUCUGUUUCCAGAUUACUUAGAGAGUGACGUUCAGCUAUUUUGUUUGGAAAACGCGGAUUUAAGUUUUACCUACGCCAUGACUCGGAAACCUGUAUAAUCCAGAUUUUUUGAAAGCAUCCUGGUGGCUUCCCUCCAGUCUGAAGUGGAAUGGAAUAGUUCUUUUUUUACACUGUGUGAAACAUUGAUGCAAAAGUUGUGUUUUUUCUUCCCCGAGUGGCAGGACCAGGACUAAAUUGGACAAGGUUUUUGUUUGAAGUGGACACUAGACUGAUUUAGAGAUGACUGGGGCCUUGCAUGCUGGACUAAUACUCAUUACUGUUGUGGUUGUGAGUGACAGUGAGCCAACCCAUGUUGGAACCGACAGACUAGGAGACCCACCUGGACAGUCCAGGUUUGUCCACUUAACCUCGCAGUGGGCCUUGGUGCUGGUCAACGACUCGUUAGAUUUCUCCAGGGCCGAGAGUUCCUGCAGAGGCCAGUUCAGCUCACUUCCCACCAUGGACCAAUUGGAGGUGCGCGAGGGGGCCAUGGACUUACUGCACCAGGCUCGACUCCAGUCACCAGUUUGGAUCAACAGCACCUCCCAACUGCCCCCCAAGCCCUUGCCCCUCUCCAAGCAGUAUCUGAAGUUCUCAGCUCUAAACUUCCCCAAAACUUCCAGAGAGGGUUUUGCUCGCAUCAACACGUCCUUCCCGGCUUUAUCGUCGAUCAGUGUGUGUGUUCGUGUUCAGUGGGACCCAGACUGGAAUGAAGUGUCCACCAUCUUCUCCUAUGCUGCUCCCGUCUUUACCAACGAGUUCCAGCUACGGGGUCAGAAGGACCUGCAGGGACGAAUCGUGCUGGCGCUGAUUGUUCAUGGGAAGCACCUUCCGUAUAAAGCAUCCUUUGCUAACGAUGGCGCAUGGCAUCACGUCUGUGUCACGUGGAGCAGCAGCCUCUGGGCUAUCUAUGUGGAUGCGGAAAGAAAGGACAUGGGAUUGGGCACGGACACUUCCAGGGAUAUCCAUGCUGAUGGGAUACUAAUUCUUGGUCAGGACCAGGACUCGUUUGGAGGGAAUUUCACAGAGCCCUUUUUUGGAAAUAUUACCGACUUAAACGUUUGGAAUACUUCCCUGGAAAGCCGCCACGUUCGGGCUUUAAAUGGAUGUUCAGCCAUGAGUCAGGUCACGCUCUUCAGCUGGAACCUUGACCACGUGUUCAGUCACCAAUCAGUCCAGGAAGUCCAGGCCCUUCUGUUUUGCCCAGCAAAGCACCAGCAGAUGGAACUGCAAGGCUGCAUUACGCUGCAGAGCCAGUCAGACCAACACCUUCUGAUGAGGCUGACAGACUGCUCUGAACCACUUCCCUUCAUCUGCAUGAGUAGCAGAGAGCGUUACCUGAAGAUGAAGCAGAUCAGCGAUUCCCAGAGCUCUCAGCCCACUGCAUUCAUGAAUCAUCUGAUGAAACUCUCCAACAAUAGCCAGGCAGUACUCGGGCAGCAGCCAUCCGGGCUGAGCAGCCUCGGUGAAGCCUCAGCCCUGUUGGACGUGUCUGUCCAGGCCCUGCAGGGCACAAGGCAGGAAGGACUGCAGCCAGAGGACAUGGUUUCUCUCAUCCAGCUGCUGUCCCUGGCCGCUGACGUCCCCCUCCAGCCGGCCGACGGCGCCAACCACAGCGAGGAGAGCGUCCAGGAGCUCAGCCAGCACUUCAUCAGCGUGGCGGACAGCGUCAUCAGCCAGGACAAUGCCUUCAAGUGGCAAGCCAUCAAAGAGGUGGUCAAUGGCCCCAUGGAUGUGGUCAGGAGUAUCGACCGGAUGGUGACCAGCCUGAGCCCUCGCUUGAUGGCAGAGAGCGAUCACAUGACGUUUCAAAGCCCUAACAUCAAAUUAGCAGUGCAACAGCAGAGGCUGCGGGAACCAUCCAAGGGAUCAAGUUUCUGUGGACCGGAGAGUGAGAAGCACUCCGAUCCAGACUGCAUCUCAGUCCCACAUCAAAAGAUACAGGAUCUCCAUGACAAUGGAUUCCAUAAACUCACCUUGGUCAACACCUGGUAUGGCUCUUUGCGGCCGCUUUUCAAUCCUGAAGAAAACAUCAGCAUGGUCCCCACCGUCACUGAUGGAACCCAGAGAUAUUUGGGUACGAUCCUGGGGUCCUCUGUCAUAUCCACCACGGUGCUGGGAGACAAUCAACCCGUCAGCACCGCAGUCCACUUUCAUCUCCAUCACAAAGUACAGAUCUCUGCUGGGGCCGUGUAUGAUCCAGUAUGCGCCUUCUGGGAUUUUACCCUCACUCCAGAGGCUGGUGGGUGGUGGAAUACCAAAGGGUGCAAGGUUGUUUCCAAACAAUAUGACUACACUGUGUGCUACUGCAACCACACCACCAAUUUUGCAUUGCUACUACAAGUCUACGAAGCCCAGCCGAGCCCAGAAAACAAAAAAGCUCUGCAGGUGCUGACGUUCAUCGGCUGUGGAGUGUCUCUGUGUGGCCUCCUCUUCACCUUCAUCCUUUUCAUUGUUGUGGGGGUUCCUAAAUCGGACCGUACCACCGUCCAUAAGAACCUGAUUUUUGCUCUGGGAGUUGCUGAACUGCUGUUAAUGUGCAGUGACUGGGCAUCUGCUAAUGAGGCUGCAUGUUUUGUGGUAACGGCGCUGCUCCAUCUCUUCUUCAUGGCCUCGUUUUCCUGGAUGCUGGUUGAAGGUUUGCUACUGUGGAGCAAAGUCGUGUCUGUCAAUAUCAGUGAGGACCGCAGAAUGAAACUGUACUACGUCAUUGGCUGGGGACUACCCAUUCUGAUAGUCGUGGUAACGCUGGCACUGACAGUGAACGAGUACAAGGCCGACGGUCACUGCUGGCUCAAUCUGAAGACGGGCACCAUCUGGUCUUUUGUUGGACCUGUAGUAUUUGUCUUGGCGGUCAAUUCAGUCGUCCUGUGCCGGGUUGUCAUGGUGACUGUUUCCAGUGCUCGCCGUCGUGCGAAGAUGCUCAGUCCACGCUCAGCAUCGAAAAUGCAGACCUUUGACCUCACCUGGGCUGUGACUCGCCCAGUUCUCAUUCUGCUGCCAGUCCUGGGUCUGACCUGGCUUUGUGGAGUACUGGUUCAUCUGUCUAUUGUAAUUGCUUAUAUCUUCACUGCGCUCAAUGCCUUCCAGGGCCUGUAUAUUUUCCUGGUUUAUGCUGUUUACAACAGUGAGGUGAGGAAUGCCAUAAAGAGGAUGAAAGAAAAGAGGAAGGCCUUAUCUUUCACAAACUGUUCUCAGCCAACAACCUUCACACCAUCUCAAAGAGCUCCGAAAACAUCCUGGGACCAUAGCCCACCGACCCCCUCCAGCCCCGAGACCAGUGAGACGUCCGGACCCCCCAGUUCCAUUUGUACUUCACUGGUCAUCAAGAACGAGAGUUUCCGAAAAGAGGGAUUUGUGGGUUUUGCAUUUAAGCCCUCAACAGGAAACCAGGUAAGGUGGUGCAGCUCACAGCAUUCAAGCAAUCAGGUUGCUGAACCGCAAAUGGAGUCCGUCCUGAUGCCCGGUACUUGGCGCUUUUGCAUCACACCUGAUCACACAGUUGGGAGUGUACACAAACACAAACAUACACAAACGUACACAAACACUCACGCAUGCCGCUGGUGGAGACCAAAGUCACAUUGAAGAAUGGUUGAACCUUUGCUUCCACCGUCGCUAUUUGGAUACGCGUAGAGCCAAACCUUCACACAAACCUUCAUGCGUAUUACGCGUAUGAAUAAUGACUCGCUUUUUUUCAUUGUGUGCUUUUACUGCAGGGGUGUCCAAAGUGCAUGCCGGGAGCCCGCAUCUCAUCUUUUAUUUAUUAGAAAAGUAAAAUAAAUACAUAUCACUUAUUACACUACUUAAUCUAUAACCUAAAACACGGGGCCUAUGGAGUAGAUACCUCCAGUUCAGAGGUUGUGGGAAUAUUUGGAUCUUAAGGAGUUUCUAAGCACGGCUUCAAAAUGCAAAGGAAGAAAUGUUUUGAGUAAGCAAUGUAUUGCAAACAACCAUUAAAGCUAAAUAUGCUAUAUAAUAUAUAACACCUGAAUCAGUAAUGACUCGCUGCGCCAUUCUUGUGGAUCACCUCAAAAAUGGGCUUUAGCACGUUUGAUGCUGGUGUUGAGUGAGGUUGUUUCGAUGGAAGAAGGCCAACAUUGUGAACUCCAGUGUUGAAAAACCACACAGAACGAGGCCACUCAGUCUUGGGGGAUGCCCCCUGCAACAUAGCCACAUAGACGCCCCUGCACAACAUGUAGCUCCAUUUUUCAUUCAUUCAUUUUCUACCGCUUAUCCUCACGAGGGUCGCGGGGGUGCUGGAGCCUAUCCCAGCUGUCUGGGACAACCAUUCCCACUCACAUUCAUACCUAUGGACAAUUUGGAGUGGCUAAUUAACCUAGCAUGUUUUUGGAACGGGGGAGGAAACCGGAGUAACCAAAGAAAACCCGGGGAGGACAUGCAAACUCCACACAGAGAUGCCCCUCCAUUUUACACCCCAGAUCAGGAUUGCGCCCCCUUCACUGUGGCGUGUAGAAAACAUCUCUGGUUUUCAACAUCUCCUUGUCAUGCCAGUAACGCUGGAGGCCGUCGGGACCAUCAAGGUUACGUAUUUUCUUCUACGAGAUUAAAACUAGCGUCCAUCUUUCAAUGUCCCACAUUUGGUGCUCUUUGUCAAUUCCAAAAGGGCAGUUUUGUGGCCUUGAAGGAGACGAGGCCUUUGAAGAGUUUUUUUCUGUGAGGAUGGUCCCGUGUCUUGACAGCGACCAACUGGAUCAUUUGAUCAUUUGGGGGGGCUACCGCUUGACGUUUUGUUCCAUGACCAUCAGGACCUUUGAAGACGCAGCCCAACAAGCUAUUCUGCCUUUGCCACCAAGAGACCACCAGAGUGUGAAUACCUGACAGAAAAUGACAUUGAAUCCACAUUUUGGCUUUUAAAAUCUGUAGUCUUAAACUUUUCAUUAUCUGCCGAGCACAAUAUGCUUUCUCAAAAAUGUCCCGUUUCAUCUUCUUAGAACCUCCUUCAGAUCCAACACUGCAAAAUGUCAAAUCUUUCCAUUUCUCAGAUGGUUUUAAAAUGUGGAUAACGACUGCAUCAAAGCAAAUGAGAUUAUUCUCUCCCCAUAAACCUUUUUAUUUAUGGAAUUUAUAACCACACAAUUGCCUUUUUUAAUUGGUUUUAGCGUACUUAAAGUACAAAAUGUACUAACGUGUAUUUGUAUGCAGGCCUGGCUUGUUUGAGCACCCCUGCUUUACUGGCAUGGAAAACAGAAAUGGAUGUUCCAGUCAAGGGUGUCAAAACUCUUACAGUUUUGAACAGUAUUAUUAUUGUAUUGAGCAGAUUUUAAGAUGGUAUUUUUCCUGACAAAAUAGUAGACAGACAUCUUGCAGGUUCCUCGACGUUCCUGCGACUCUUCUCAUAUAUUUGUCAUUCUUCAUGCUCUUUGCAAUCAUUUUUGUCGGUCUUUCUUUAGUCUGUAGUCAAAGUACACAAAGAAGAAGUCUCAGCAAGGUAAAAUAUCUGAAAUAAGUACAGAACAAGAAUCAUUUUUGGUACAUUUAAGAAAUAUGAUGUCACCAGUGCUGUGCAGUCAGCCUCAUCCUGAAGGCCAGAAGCAUCUGCAAUGCCUUGUUGGGAAGCGUAUAGAAAGUGUAGGAUUUGUCAUUAGGAAGUAGUUUAUUAAACAACCUUGGAUUUUCUUUGUCCAUGCGUGUGUAAGAAAAUGUAAAUGUUGGAAAGAGAAACUGGGACAAAUCAUCCCAUCAUCUCCACCAAGCCUAUCUCCGUUAUUCAGGUUGUUCAAUGUUCCAUCACUCAUGACCUGACAUGAACCUUUCCAUGUUGUCUAAAGGUUGCCACGUACAUAAAUAGACGUAUUUGCUCGAUGUCGUCUGAUCUAGCCGUGUUUUAGUUACUCAUGUAAAAAAUGUCUAGUUUGCUCUUUGUUUGAACUUAUGUGUCUCCAAAUUGUCAGUGCACUUCAAUAAGUAUGCUGUGUACACUCGGUUCCUGAGUGUGUGAAAAAAAACCAUUAUGGGACCAGAAAUGGAUGGGAGACCGACUGACUCAAGUGGUUCCAGUUCACAUUUUAAAAGUAAGAAAAUAAGAAGCAGGUAAAGACUGAGAUAGUAAUUUCCCUGUUAUGUCCGUGUCUUUACAAAUUUCCCCACUGAGGGACGAAUAAAUGCAAAUCUUAAUCUUAAUCUCCACAGCAGACAGAAGAUCUGAUCUGUUCCAUCCAUCAUUAUUCAUCAUCAAUGACUCCACCCACUCCGAGUACAGAUACAAAUCCAGAUCAUUUAGAUGGGUGAACAGAUCCAGAUGCGGAUAGCGGCGUACUCGCUCAUCCCUAGUACACAGUGUACUUAUGUUGGAAGUGUACUGACACAAGUAUUUAUAUUAAGGUCAUGUGUUGUACAUAAUCACGGCUACUGUUAAAAGUAAGAUAGCCAACAUGGCGAUGCAGCUUUAUUUCAGCAACUUUUAUUGGUGUGAUGCUAUUACAAUAAAAUA